AUGGAGAAAGAAGAGGGAAGAGAGUCUGCUUCCCAGGCCACAGUGGAGAACGGCAUUGAGAACCUAGGUCUGGAACUCAUGGAAAGAGGAGAUCCUGAGAGAAACAAAAAGAUAGACUCAACACAGGAACACAGCCUGAAGGAUGGCCAGGGUCCAUCAUCGUUUUGGAGGAGGAAUCUAAAUCCUUUCAUCAAGGCAAGAAGUUUCUUCAAAAGACAUGCUGUUUUGUUCAAGAAGAUUCUGCUCGGUCUCUUGUGUGCAGCUUACGCUGCCUACUUCCUGGCAGCUUGCAUCCUGAACUUCCAGAGGGCACUGGCAUUAUUUGUCAUCACCUGUCUUGUAAUCUUCAUCCUGGCUUGCCACUUUCUGAAAAAAAUUGUUGGUAAAAAAUUAAUAAGCUGUCUGAAGCCCUUUAGAAAUCCCCGCCUGAUACGCUGGGUGAAGUGGGUAUUCGCAGGAGCCUCUGUUGUUGGCCUUAUCCUAUGGCUGGCUCUCGACACAGCACAAAGGCCAGAGCAGCUGAUCUCCUUUGCAGGAAUCUGUAUGUUCAUCCUCAUCCUCUUUGUCUUCUCCAAACACCAUAGUGCGGUGUGCUGGAGGACAGUGUUUUGGGGCCUGGGCCUUCAGUUCGUCUUUGGGAUUUUGGUCAUCAGAACUGAACCUGGAUUUAAUGCGUUUCAAUGGUUGGGAGAUCAGAUCCAGAUUUUCCUGGCUUAUACCGUGGACGGCUCCAGUUUUGUUUUUGGUGAUGCACUGGUCCAAAAUGUUUUUGCUUUUCAGUCCUUGCCAAUCAUUAUUUUCUUUGGAUGUGUGAUGUCUAUUCUCUACUACCUGGGCCUUGUGCAGUGGGUGAUUCAGAAGAUUGCCUGGUUUCUGCAAAUCACCAUGGGUACCACUGCUGCCGAAACCCUGGCUGUGGCAGGAAACAUCUUUGUAGGAAUGACAGAGGCACCUCUGCUCAUCCGUCCCUACCUUGCAGACAUGACCCUCUCUGAAAUCCAUGCAGUAAUGACUGGAGGCUUUGCUACCAUUGCGGGCACUGUGUUGGGAGCCUUCAUAUCCUUUGGGAUUGAUGCGUCAUCCUUGAUUUCUGCCUCAGUGAUGGCUGCGCCUUGCGCACUUGCCUUGUCCAAACUGGUGUAUCCGGAAGUAGAGGAGUCCAAGUUCAAGAGCAAGGAGGGAGUGAAACUGCCCGAUAGGGAGGAGAGGAAUAUCCUGGAAGCUGCGAGCAAUGGAGCCACAGAUGCCAUAGCCCUUGUUGCUAACGUUGCUGCCAACCUGAUUGCCUUUUUGGCUGUGUUGGCCUUUGUCAAUUCUACCCUUUCCUGGCUGGGGGAAAUGGUGGAUAUACAUGGACUCUCUUUUCAGGUCAUCUGCUCCUAUGUCCUUCGGCCCAUGGUUUUCAUGAUGGGUGUAGAGUGGGCAGACUGUCCACUGGUGGCUGAGAUAGUGGGAGUCAAAUUCUUUAUAAAUGAAUUUGUGGCCUAUCAACAACUGUCUCAGUACAAGAACAAACGGCUCUCUGGAGUAGAAGAGUGGAUCAAUGGCGAGAAACAGUGGAUUUCUGUGAAAGCUGAAAUUAUUGCAACAUUUUCACUCUGUGGAUUUGCCAAUCUGACUUCCAUAGGAAUCACACUGGGAGGCUUGACGUCGAUGAUGCCCCAGCGGAAGAGUGACUUGUGCAAGCUUGUGGUCAGGGCCCUCUUCACGGGCGCUUGUGUUUCCUUUAUCAGUGCCUGCAUGGCAGGAAUCCUCUAUGUUCCCAGGGGAGCUGAAGCUGACUGUGUCUCAUUCCUAAGCACAGGCUUCACCAACAGAACCUACGAGACCUACGUGUGCUGCAGAGAGCUUUUCCACAAUACGUGGCUGAAUGGCACCAACAUGCCUUCUUUCUCGGGUCCCUGGGAAGACAAGGAGUUCAGCGCCAUGAAUCUUGCUACCUGCUGUGACCUCUACAACAGCACUGUCUGUGUAUGAGGCUGGCAGGGCCAUUUCCACGACAGAACGGGUUUGCGUCGCCAAACACACACUGAAGCUUCAAAUUCUACAAGGAUCACACUAGAAUCCACCAUGUGAAAGUUCUGGAUUCACUGUAGUCCUGCAUAAAAGUCAGCACACACCUUUUCACUGGGGUGCCAAAUCCCAGACAGGAAUUACCUCAUGGGCCCUUCUGGGCCAAAUUAUGGUAGGAAAGCAGCUAAGGGGGAAAAUAUCUGUGUGGUAAGGGCCAAGAUGCAGGUUCAAUCCCUGACCCGGCCUGGAGUCUCAAGAGUGAGUAAAUCCGAAGUAGAUGCUUAGAUUUUAAUGUGGAAAGGUGGCAGACCCCUGUGAUCAUAAGGAUAAGACUACAGCUAAGGAGGAUGGCCUCAGCCUGGGUUACAGAGUGAGAUACUGUUUCAAAACCUAAAAGUGUUUCAUAAAAGUGAUGUAGUAUACCAUGUGUCCUUGGGAAGAUAUGGAGGUGAAGAACUGUAUUUCUAAAGUUCUGUGUGAAACGCAUAUGGCUAUUUAAAAAUAAGUUUUUUUCCUGUUGCCAAAUAUUUGUAAACUUGAAAAUUCCUUACCAU